AUGCCUCCACAGGUAUCACAAUGUCAUCCUAAUGUCACACCCUUGGUUCAAUUGCUACCUCUCAGCCGAGGAACGAAGAAGACGAUAGUCCCCAAAAAGAAGCUUAUUCCGGUUCUUCUUUUCUUACUUUCCGGCAUGUCCAUUCUCAGACUCCUCAAAAUCUUUGUCUUUACUUCAUUUUCUUCUCCUCCUCUUGCUUUGCCUCCAACACAUCUACACAAGUGUUCCUCUCCUACUCCGGCGGGGUUCAAGAAGGCAUCAAAGAGCCAACCCGUCUCCUCUGCCAGUGACGCCACCCUCACCGAGAAAGAAUACCGCCUUUUGUUGAACAUUAUUUCCGCCAGAGCCCCCUGCAACCUCCUCAUUUUUGGGUUUGAACCACAAUACCUCAACCUCUCGUCAUCAAUCAACGCAGGUGGCACCACUGUUUUCCUAGAGGACAAUCCUGAGAAACUGGCCACAAUCAAAACAAAUCACAACAAUACUCAGAUUUACAGGGUCGAGUACCGGACGCUUGCCAGAGAUGCGUACAAGCUGCUCAAGCAUGCGAGGCAAAGCCUGGGUUGUGCACUGCACUCAGGGUCACUCAAAAAAUCUAGUUGCCCCUUAGCUUUGAGGAAGUUACCGAGGGAGGUAUACAAGCAGCAAUGGGACGUGGUGGUGGUGGACGGACCAAGUGGGGAUACACCAGAUGCACCGGGCAGAAUGACUGCAAUCUACACAGCUAGUGUGAUAGCUAGAGCUGGGAAUAUGACUGACGUGGUGGUUCAUGACGUAGAUCGGAUGAUAGAGAAGUGGUUUGCUUGGGAGUUUCUGUGCGACGAGAACUUGGUUUCUUCGAAAGGGAAACUGUGGAAUUUCAGGAUAGCGAGCAAAUCAAAUUCAACAGAAGUUUGCCCUGCAAAAACAAUUCUAAUAGAGCCGAGUAUUGGUUUCAAUAGUUUGAUUACAAAUACACUCACUUGA